AUGAAUCUUUUUAUCUCUUUCACCCUUGUUGGCCUUGGUGCUCUCGCUGGACCUGCUUCAGCCAAGCCAGUUGGAUCGUGCAGCGACAUAACUCCCCCGAUCGUACCAGGUGCUAUAAUCAGAUCCCUCGAAAGUCGAAUCUAUCGCGGCCACUCCGUUCCUGCACUUCCCCCAACGUUACUUCAAAAUGUCACACAUCUAAACAUCUGUGAAGUAAAUGUCACCCUGUCUCAUCGGAAUGAAGAUGAUACCGUUCUCGUGCAGACGUGGCUACCGCUUAACAAUUGGAACUCCCGUUAUCUCGCUGUUGGGGGCGGUGCUUGGGCAGCUGGGCUUGGUCAGUUUGAUCUUGCUCUCCCUGCAUCUCAAGGCUACGCUGUUUCUUCCACCAAUGCUGGUCUCAGUGGGAAUCCAAUCGAUCCGUCAGAUUGGGCCUUAAAGCCUGAUGGCACUGUCAAUUUUGGUCUCCUAAAGAACUUUGCUUCGCGAUCUGUCCACGACAUGGCACUUGUUGGCAAGGCAGUUACAGCUUCUUUCUACAAGGCCCCAGCUGAAAAGGCAUAUUUCCAUGGCUGUUCUACCGGCGGACGUCAAGGACUGGCGGCAGCACAGCAGUAUCCGGAUGAUUUCGAUGGAAUUCUUGCUGGGGCCCCCGCCAUUUACUGGUCGGAGUAUGUCAUCGCAGAGCUUUGGCCUCAAGUUGUGAUGAGAGACGCGAACUAUUAUCCGUCGACUUGUGAGCUAGCUGCUUUUGUAUCAGCAGCCAUAAAAUCGUGCGAUGGAACGGACGGCGUCGCAGAUGGUGUUAUUACAGAGCCGUUUGCCUGCGAGUUCAACCCUUUCACCCUGGUCGGCCACAAGAUUGAAUGCGGGAAUGAGAGCACAGUGAUCAGCCAACUCGCUGCCUCAACAGUUGGCAAGAUAUGGAGAGGACCAACUGGCUCAAGAGGCAACACUCUGUGGUACGGAAUGCCUAAGGGUGCGUCGCUUGCUGCAUUGGCUGCUACCAAGAUCGUGAAUGGCACAAUUACUGGUGCGCCGUUCUUUGUUGCUGAUACAUGGGUGCGCAACUUCGUCAAAGCAGACCCGAGAUUCGACACAUCACAUCUCAAUAUCGAUGGGUUCGAAAAGCUGUUUUCAGUGUCCCGAGAUAGGUUUGGUCACAUCACGGAUUCAUCAGAUCCCAAUCUUCACCCAUUCAAAAAGGCGGGCGGAAAGAUGAUUAUCUGGCAUGGUCUAAGUGAUCAGUUGAUCUAUCCUCAGGAUAGUAUCCGAUACUUUAAAGAGGUGCAGAAGAAAUUUCAGUCACAGGGAAAAGGUGGGGGUCUGGGCAACUUUCUUCGCCUGUUUCUUGCUCCUGGAGUUGAUCAUUGUGGUUUUGGUGAAAACGCUGGUGCUGUACCAACAGAUCCGUUUGGUGCACUGCUGGCUUGGGUUGAAGACGACAAGCCUCCCCAUGCCCUGGACGCACAUACGGAGCCAGACGCACUGACCCAGUUCUCACGAAAGAUAUGUCAUUAUCCUGAAGUGGCAAGAUACAAGGGUAGGGGAGACGCGAAUGACUCCAAGAACUACUUUUGCGCCCCAUAA